ACACGCCGAGCGCCCGUGACUGCACUUCUUUUGACAUCGUAUGGUCGGUCCUCUCGAACCAACUUGUUCCCAUCUCGAACAAUUGUCUCCACCAGCACUCUCCUCUCGUGCAGCUUUCGAAAGGACAUAAAUGCGGCUUGCUCUCUCUGUACCGUCGAUCUAUCUUGUUUCUCGAUGUCAAUGACAACGAGUCCUGUCUCGAUCCCUGUUGUCCUGCUCAGCGCAGUCUCAGCGGAACAUACAUGUCCUCAUGUCUUCUAAGAUGAAGACCUCCUACUCCAUAACCGGCUUGAAGCGCUGGUCGUGUAAAAGCAAAGAACUUCCCGGUGUCCCCACGAUCAAAUCAUUGCACGUUUACGACUUCGACAACACCCUUUUCUCCAGUCCCUUACCGAAUCCCCAGAUAUGGAGCCCGCCGACGGUCGGAAUGCUUCAAACAUAUGAAUCACUCGCCUACGGUGGCUGGUGGCAUGACGCCAGCAUUCUGGCUGCGACAGGUGAAGGGCUGGAGAUAGAAGAGCCCCGUGCGUGGGAAGGCUCGUGGAACGAGACGAUUGUUCAGCUAGUCGAAUUGAGCAUCCAGUCAAAAGAUGUCCUCACCGUCCUGCUCACAGGGAGGGGAGAGACGAAUUUUCAGGACCUUGUCAAGAGAAUCUGCAACGCAAAAAAGCUGGACUUUGACUUGGUCGUGUUAAAACCUGAGGUGGGCCCGACAGGACAACGGUUCGAAACUACCAUGGGAUUCAAACAGGAGUUUCUUCGAGAGCUCGUCUUUACGUACAAGAACGCCGAAGAGAUUCGCAUCUAUGAAGAUCGGCCAAAGCAUGUCAAAGGAUUUCGAGAAUACUUUGAACGCAUCAACAAAUCCUUACUAUCCCACCCAGCAGAUCAGCCACCGCCCUCGCGGAAGCCCAUCACUGCAGAAGUCAUUCACGUUUGCGAAUUGAAGUCGGCGCUCACACCAGAAUCAGAGGUUGACGUUGUUCAAAAGGCCAUCAGUCGUCAUAACCACGCAAUCACGACAGGAGGUCCAAAUCCUUCCAAAAGUGUUAACAAACAUCUCAAGAUUGUCGAGCACUUUUCCUACUUUGGUUAUCUGAUCAAUCAAACAGAUUCGGCUCGGCUUAUCACCCUCAUACAAGGGCAGUCAAACGGUGUCAUCGAUUCUGGCGAAGUUCGCCUGCUAGCUUCUAGCAUCCUUAUUACACCAUAUGUUCCAAGAAAGGACGUUUUGAAAAAGGUUGGCGGCUAUGGUAAAAAGGUUACCUGGCAGGUCACUGGCUAUGCAAGAUUCGAGGAUCGGAUUUGGGCAGCUAGGGUGGCUCCUGUGACCGAAACACAAAUUUACACGCAAGAUCCUACCCCGCUUGUUGUGCUCGCCAUCCGCAAAGGAUCGAGACAAGUCGACGCUGCAAGAAUUCAAGACUGGGAACCUGUGGCCCCAGAAAAGGCUUUCAUGUUCGAAACUACUGUGGGGGAUAAGGUGAUGUUGAAAAUCGAAGAAUCGAACGCUCCUCGCAAACAUCCUCAAAAAGGUGGACGGGGUUAUGAGGCGGGUGAGGGAAUGCACAAACGCAAGUACGCCCAAGAUGAUUCGGACUUCGGUGGUCAAGCAGGUCACGGCCGGCCUGGCGGCGGUAGAUUCUCGCAGCGAAAUGCCAUCAGCAAAGCCAACUUUAACAAUCGCUCCUCCAACAACAACUCUGGUAACCGGUAUGGCACAAAUUCGAAUUCCAGACCACGUGGUGGUGGAGGCCCAGCUAUCGGCGGCGGCAACAGGGGACGAGGUGGCGGUGGCCCGACUGGAAACAACGCUGGCAAUAGAGGUCCUCCUGGAUAUCGGAGUCUGGAUGAUUAUGGUCCAGGAAGUUUCGAUGGUGCAAGCGAUCCAAAGACUGGAUCAGCGGAGAUGGUGAUGAAUUACUGACUGUGAGG